AUGGCCAACGUGACCGAAGCCCUCGCCUCGUCAGGCGUCUUUGACCAGUACUUAUCGAAGCACUUGCCGGCAGCUACUGCGGGUUUUGUGUUUAUCCUCUUCGCCUGGUUAGCGCAGAGCUUCUUCAAGAAUGACCCCUUGGCGAACGUCCCUGUCGUUGGAGGACAAGGAGGGGCAUGGAAGAAGCGGAAGGAGUUUGCUGCGGGAAAAGGCUCCGACUACUACAUUGAAGGUUACCGGAAGUUCAAAGACAGCAUCUUCCGCGUUAGCACUUUGAGGAAGCGUGACACUAUCUGCGUCCCGCCAAAGUAUCUUCCCGAAUUGAGGAAGCUUCCCGACGAUGUUCUCAGCUUUGACGAGGCCAUUCAUGAGUCCAUGCAAGUCAAGUACACCAAGAUCGAGAGUGACACGCCUCUCGUGGUACACACCGUGAAGGCCUCAUUGACUCCCGCACUCCCCCGCCUCAAUGCCCUCAUUUCCGAUGAAGUCGUCGAAUCCAUGCGCCUCGAGCUCCCGCAGUCCACCGAAUGGACCGAAGUCAACAUCAACGCCAAGCUGCUCCGCAUCAUCGCCAUGGCCUCCGGCCGUGUCUUCAUCGGCCCCGAACUCUGCAGAGACGAGCGCUACAUCGACGCCUCCAUCAACUACACCAUCGACCUCAUGACCGCAGUCCACGUCGUCGCCUUCCUCCCUGGUCCCUUGCGCCCCAUCCUCGCCCGCUUCCUGCCCCAGGUCAAGCAGCUGAACCGCCGCAUCGCGGAGGCGGAGGCCGUCUUCCGCCCCAUCGUCGAUGCCCGCAAGCAGGCCAAGGCCACCGGCGGCGACGACUACCAGGAGCCCGACGACAUGCUCCAGUGGAUGAUGAACGCCCAGUCAAAGUUUGGACAGUCGACUAACCGCCAGCUGGCGCAAAACCAGCUGGGCAUCAGCUUUGCCGCCAUCCACACCACCUCCUUGACAACGACCAACGCCCUCUACUGGCUUGCCGCGAAGCCCGAACUGAUCCCGAUCCUGAGAGAUGACGUCCAGCAAGCCCUGCUCGAGUCUGGCGGCCAGUUCUCCAGCCCGGCAUUGCAGAGCAUGAAGAAGCUCGACAGCUUCCUGCGCGAGGUCCUCCGAUGCUCCCCUCUUGGCGCCGGCUCCUUCUCACGCAAGGUCCUCAAGGCCAUCAAGCUCCCCAACGGCCAAGUCAUCCCCCCAGACAACGUCAUCGAAAUCCCCGCCGGCGGCGUCAACCUCGACGACGAGAUCUUCCCCGACGCCGACGUCUUCGACGCUCUGCGCUACUACAAGUUGCGCCAGGCCAAGGACGCCGCCGAGUCCGGCUCCAAGGCCGCAGAGGUCGUCGCCAACAGCCAAUUCGUCAGCGUCGGCACGUCCCACCUCACCUUCGGCUACGGCCGCCACGCCUGCCCCGGCCGCUUCUUCGCCGUCAACGAGAUCAAGAUGAUCAUGGCCAACAUCCUCUGCAAUUACGAGAUCAAGCUCCCGGACGGUGUCACCGAGAGAUACGAGAAUAUCAAGUUUGGCGCGGGUUCUGUCCCCGACCCCACGAAGACUGUCAUGAUCAGGAAAAUCUAA